GGUUUCUCUAGCUUUUCCUCAUGCAAUCCGUUGCCAUCCGUCCUCUGUAGCUGCUGUCUUGACCAUGCAGCAGAGGGACUGUGGCUCUGACCCCUCCAAGAAUUCACAGGGAACCUUAGUGAAGUCUGGUGAUGGCCAGUAGCCGGGGCCCAGCCCCGGGGCCGCUGCUGGCCGCGAUUGGGGGGUCAAAAUGAAGUUCAAUCCCUUUGUGACCUCUGACCGAAGCAAGAACCGCAAGAGGCAUUUCAAUGCCCCUUCCCACAUACGGAGGAAAAUUAUGUCUUCUCCUCUUUCUAAGGAACUGAGACAGAAAUACAAUGUCCGCUCCAUGCCCAUUCGAAAAGAUGAUGAAGUCCAGGUUGUUCGUGGACACUAUAAAGGACAGCAAAUUGGUAAAGUAGUCCAGGUUUACAGAAAGAAAUAUGUGAUUUACAUUGAGCGUGUACAGCGUGAGAAGGCUAAUGGUACAACUGUCCAUGUGGGCAUUCAUCCAAGCAAGGUGGUUAUCACAAGGCUAAAACUGGACAAAGAUCGCAAAAAAAUCCUUGAACGAAAAGCCAAAUCUCGCCAAGUAGGAAAGGAAAAGGGAAAAUAUAAGGAAGAAACUAUUGAGAAAAUGCAAGAGUAAAAAAUUACAUGAAUGUAAUUAAAUUGCUAGAAUGCACAAA